AUGGAAAUUGUCUCCAUUGGAAACAAAACUAUUAUUGAAUUUGUCCUCCUUGGCUUCUAUGACAUCCCUGAGCAGCAUCUCCUGUUCUUUAUUGUGUUCACUGUGGUCUAUGCCUCCAUCAUCAUAGGGAAUGUGCUGAUCGUGGUAGCGGUGGUUAGCUCCCAGAGGCUCCACAGACCCAUGUAUUUCUUUCUAGCUAAUCUGUCCUUCCUGGAGAUCCUCUACACUUCUGCAGUGAUGCCAAAAAUGCUGGAAGGCUUCUUGCAAGAGGCAGUCAUCUCUGUGUCUGGUGGCUCUCUAGCCACAGCUGAAUGCUUCUUGCUGGCCGUUAUGGCGUAUGAUCGCUACCUUGCAAUCUGCUAUCCACUCCGCUACCCACUCCUGAUGGGGUCCAGAUGGUGUUUGGGGCUGGUGAUCACAGCCUGGGUCUCUGGCUUUAUGGUGGAUGGAUUGGUUAUGGCCCUGAUGGCCCAGCUGAGGUUCUGUGGCCCCAACCACAUAGACCACUUUUACUGUGACUUCAUGCCUUUGGUGGACCUGGCUUGCUCAGAUCCCAGAGUGGCCCAGAUGACAACAUUCAUUCUCUCUGUUGUCUGCCUCACUGUUCCCUUUGGAUUGAUUCUGACAUCUUAUGCCCAGAUUGUGAUGGCAGUGCUGAGAGUUCCUGCUGGGAUCAGCAGGAGAAAGGCCUUGUCCACAUGCUCCUCUCACUUAGCUGUAGUAACCACAUUCUAUAGAACUCUCAUGGUCUUGUACAUUGCACCCUCUGCUCUCCACUCCCAGCUCCUCUCCAAGGUCUUUUCCCUGCUUUACACUGUGGUCACCCCCAUCCUCAAUCCUGUGAUCUACACACUGAGGAACAAGGAGGUUCAUCAGGCACUAAGAAGGAUUCUCUACAUUAAAUAG